CGGGUCAGGAACAAUCAGUCAGACAAGGUACAGGAGGAGCAGGCAGGAGAGUGGUCAGGAAUAGCUGAGGUCGGUGCAGGCAGAGUUCUAUCAAUGUCAGGAGUCAGGCAGAGGGAUCAGGAAGGCAGGCAGAUGACAGGAUCAGGUUCAAGCACAUGGGAACAAUACACCAAGGCACUGAUUGCAGGCCUGGUCCUGCUUAAAUACACCUCCUGCAAUCAGCCUCAGGUGAUGGCUUGACUGCAGGAGUGAGAUUCUGAGUGCUGAGAGCACCCGCUGGCCAGCACUGGUACUGCAGCCCACAAGGCAGGUGAGUCCCACCACCAGUGGCGAGUCCAUUCCUGACACCAGCAAUGGGCAGGGUCGGGUCUUGCUCUUGGUGAGGACAGGAG